AUGGGCUAUUUAAGAACCUUGGAGCAAACCAGAGGGAGCAAGCCAUUUAGAAAAAAUGGGACAGUCGGUUACCACCCUCUUUCUCUAACCUUGGAUCAUUGGAAGAAAGUACAGGAAUACGCACAUAAUCAAUCGGCCGAUAUGCAUAAGAGAAAAUGGGUCACCUUCUGCGCCUCCGAAUGGCCCACCCUUGAUGUCGGAUGGCCACGAGAUGGCACCUUCAGUCCUAACAUUAUUAGUCUUGUAAAAGGAAAAAUCAUGGAUCCUGGACCACACGGACACCCUGACCAGGUGGAUUACAUCAUCACCUGGGAGGCUUUAGUCCAGAAACCACCAGCAUGGGUCAAGCCAUUCCUCCCCGGAAUGACCCCCCUUUUCUCCUCCCACUCCCGACCCCCUAAACCGUCCGUACCUUCUCUUCCCCCUCCCUUAAACCCACUCCCGACCCCUGCCGCUUCCCGCUCCAAUCUGUACCCUGCCCUCGUGCGCCCCUCACCCGAGAAGUCUAAACCGAAAGUUCUUCCAGAUGGAGAUGACCUGCUUAUGGACCUUCUGGCGGAGGGUCCACCUCCAUACCAGGAGGCACCACUAGCGGCGGGACAACGAGCGGACGAGGCGGAAGCCGAGCCAGCCAGGCAACCGGCGGCGGCUCGACCUCCCGAGAGGACCGCUUCGUCACCCGUCGCCGGCCGCCUGAGAGGAAGAAGAGAACAAGCCCCCGCCGAUUCCACCGCCCUGCCACUGCGGACAGGGCCAGACGGCCAACCCCAGUACUGGCCAUUCUCUGCUUCCGAUCUGUAUAACUGGAAAAAUAACAAUCCUCCUUUUUCUAAGGACCCCUCACAGUUAACCUCUCUUUUAGAAUCAGUUUUGGUGACACAUCAGCCCACUUGGGAUGAUUGCCAGCAGCUCCUGCAGGUACUCCUCACCACUGAAGAGAAGCAGCAAGUCCUCCUCGAGGCUCGUAAGAAUGUGAGGGGAGCAGAUGGCCAGCUGACCCAACUCCCUAACGAGAUUGACGCUGCUUUUCCCUUGACUAGACCCAAUUGGGACUUCACCACCGAUGCAGGUAGGACCCAUCUGCGUCUUUAUCGCCAGUUGCUUAUAGCGGGUCUCCGGGGGGCCGCUAGGCGCCCCACUACUUUGGCCCAGGUAAAGCAGGUGUUGCAGAAAUCAGAGGAGACACCGGCAGCCUUUCUCGAACGGUUGAAAGAGGCCUAUCGUAUGUAUACCCCGUACAAUCCCGAGGAUCCGGGACAGGCUACGGGCCUCGCCAUGGCCUUCAUUUGGCAGUCGGCUCUGGACAUCCGAAAUAAAUUGCAGCGACUGGAUAAUUUACAAGGACAGACAGUGUCAGAUUUGUUAAAAGAGGCAGAGAAAGUUUUCAAUAAGAGAGAAAGUCCAGAGGAAAGAGAGGAGCGCUGGAGAAGGGAAAACAUGGAAAGGGAGGAAAGACGUCAGAAGGAGAUGGAAGAGAGAGAAAAUACGAGGGUCAGGAAGCGGCAUAGGGAACUGACAAGGCUGAUGGCCACAGUAGUGUCAGGACAAAGACCAAGGCAGGAUAGACAGGGGGGAGAACGAAGAGGACCUAGACUGGAGAAGGAUCAAUGCACCUAUUGCAAGGAAAAAGGACAUUGGGCGCGUGAAUGCCCGAGAAAGCAAAAUCGAAACCGGCACGCCAAACCCCAACCCCCGGUAUCUCUCCUAAAUUUAGAGGAUUAGGGGGGGUCGAGGCCAGGAGCCCCCCCUGAGCCAAGGUUAACCCUACAAGUAGGGGGGCAACCAGUAACCUUCCUAGUAGAUACAGGGGCACAACACUCCGUCCUGACAAGAUCCCCCGGGACGCUGAGUAGCCGCACAGCCUGGGUCCAAGGAGCCACAGGAGGAAAGAGUUACCACUGGACUACCAACCGACAGGUGCAGUUGGCCACCGGUAAGGUAACUCACUCCUUCCUCCACGUUCCGGAUUGCCCCUAUCCCCUGCUAGGGAGAGAUCUCUUAACCAAACUAAAGGCUCAGAUACAUUUUGAAAAGGCUGGAAUUAGUGUGACUGAUUCGGCGGGGCGGCCUUUACACGUGAUGACUCUGUCCAUAGAGGAUGAAUAUAGGUUACAUGAGCAAGCUAAAAAUGCCCCUUCGGACUUGGAAACCUGGUUGCAACGCUAUCCUCAGGCAUGGGCGGAAACCGGGGGAAUGGGCCUUGCUGAUAACCAGCCCCCCAUAAUCAUCUCCUUAAAAGCAAGCGCCCUGCCGGUUGCCAUCAAGCAAUAUCCAAUGUCUAAGGAAGCUAGGGAGGGCAUCACGCCCCACAUUAAUAGACUCUUAGAACAAGGGAUCCUGGUCCCCUGUAAAUCUCCGUGGAACACCCCCUUAUUGCCAGUUAAGAAGCCGGAAACAGGAGACUACCGGCGGGUCCAAGACCUCCGGGAGGUUAAUAAAAGGGUCGAGGAUCUACACCCUACAGUGCCAAAUCCCUAUAACCUCCUUAGUGGGUUGCCGCCCACCCAUACUUGGUAUACAGUCCUGGAUCUCAAAGACGCUUUCUUCUGCUUGAGACUCCACCCCACCAGCCAAUUACUGUUCGCCUUUGAAUGGAAAGACCCAGCCCGGGGGGAUUCGGGACAGCUAACAUGGACGCGGCUCCCACAAGGAUUCAAGAACAGCCCCACACUCUUUGACGAGGCCCUGCACCGCGACUUGGCUGACUUCCGCAUCCAGCACCCCUCCCUGGUCCUGCUCCAAUAUGUGGAUGAUCUCCUCUUGGCAGCUACUUCAAAGGAAGAUUGCCGCCAUGGGACGGGAGCCCUGCUUCAGGCACUGGGGAGCAUGGGAUACCGAGCCUCGGCCAAGAAGGCCCAACUCUGCAGGGAACAGGUAACCUACCUGGGCUAUGAAAUAAAACAGGGACAGAGAUGGCUAACUGAGGCCCAGAAACAGACUAUUUUGAGCAUCCCCGCUCCCAGGACCCCCAGGCAAUUAAGGGAAUUCCUGGGAACCGCGGGCUUUUGUCGUCUCUGGAUCCCAGGGUUUGCUGAACUAGCUGCCCUCCUGUACCCCUUAACCCGAACGGGGGUACCGUUUAAAUGGGGAAAGGAUCAACAACAAGCCUUUGCAGAUAUCAAACAGGCCCUUUUGAGCUCCCCAGCACUGGGACUACCCGAUCUGCUCAGGCCCUUCGAACUGUAUGUGGACGAGAAACAGGGCUUUGCGAAGGGAGUAUUGACUCAAAGACUAGGACCAUGGAGGAGACCAGUAGCCUACCUAUCCAAAAAACUUGACCCGGUUGCUGCAGAGUGGCCACCAUGCCUCCGCAUGGUAGCGGCGAUAGCCGUCUUGGUCAAGGACUCCAGCAAAUUGACCAUGGGGCAGCCGCUCACUAUCCUGGCCCCGCAUGCUGUAGAGGCCAUAAUCCGGCAGCCCCCGGACAGGUGGCUCACCAAUGUCAGGAUGACCCACUACCAAACCCUGUUAUUGGACUCUGAUCAGAUCCGGUACGGAGCUCCGGUAGCUUUAAACCCCGCUACCCUCCUGCCCCUCCUGGAUGCACAUGAACCUCAUGACUGCCUGCAGAUCUUGGCCGAGGUCCAUGGGACCCGUCCAGACCUGUCAGACCUACCGCUCCCUGAUCCUGACCAUGUAUGGUUCACCGACGGAAGCAGUUUCCUGGAGAACGGGGAACGCCGAGCAGGAGCCGCAGUGACUACGGAAGACCAGGUGGUAUGGUCCCAAGCCCUGCCAGCAGGAAUCUCCGCUCAAAAGGCUGAACUCAUAGCCCUAACACAAGCCUUACAAUUGGCCAAAGGAAAGAGACUCACUGUGUACACUGACAGCAGGUAUGCCUUCGCCACUGCUCACAUCCACAGGGAAAUUUACAGGAGGAGGGGCUUACUUACCUCGGAGGGUAAAGACAUUAAAAACAAAGCCGAAAUAUUGGCCCUAUUGCAGGCCAUACACUUGCCGCAGGCCCUUAGCAUUGUCCAUUGCCCUGGACAUCAAAAAGGGGACUCGCUGGUCGCUAGGGGCAAUAGGAUGGCUGAUUGGGCCGCCAAGGCGGCAGCUAACAAGGGGGAACAAGCUAAAGAAUUGAUGACAUGCUCUACACCGGGCCAUAACCAUGAAAACCCCAGCUGGACAUACACAGAAGAGGAGAUCCACAGCCUACGUGAAAUGGGAGCUCAGGAAGACCCCGAGACUGGGAGAUGGACUCACCAAGGGAAGGUAGUGAUACCCGUAAAGGAAGGCCGCUACUUAAUCUCCCACUUGCAUCGGUUCACCCACCUCAGUUAUCAGAAGAUGAAGAAACUGUUGGAGCGGGAGGACAAAAUCCUUAAGGAGAUCACCGAGCGCUGUGAUGCAUGUGCCCGAGUUAAUGCCUCCAAAAUCAAAUUGUCUCCCGGAACGAGAACCCGGGGUCAUCGUCCCGGCACCCACUGGGAAGUGGACUUCACCGAGAUAAAACCCGGGAAGUAUGGAUAUAAAUACCUACUGGUCUUCAUAGAUACAUUUUCAGGGUGGCCAGAAGCGUUCCCUACGAAGCAUGAGACCGCCGCCGUGGUGGCUAAAAAGCUGCUGGAGGAGAUCUUUCCCCGAUACGGGAUGCCACAGGUAAUAGGGGCAGAUAACGGUCCUGCUUUCGUCUCCCAGGUAAGUCAGUCUGUGGCCACCUUAUUGGGGAUUGAUUGGAAAUUACAUUGUGCCUAUAGACCCCAAAGUUCAGGACAGGUAGAGAGGAUGAAUAGAACGAUCAAGGAGACUUUGACCAAAUUAACGCUUGCAACUGGCACUAAAGACUGGGUCCUCUUACUACCACUCGCCCUGUAUAGGGCCAGGAACACGCCGGGCCCCCAUGGGCUGACCCCGUUUGAGGUCUUGUUCGGGGUCCCGGUGCCCAUUGUCCAUUUCCUCAGCCCAGAUGUUUCUGACUAUGCCACCACUCCUUCUUUACAAGCCCACCUGCAGGCCCUCCAACUGGUCCAGCGGGAAGUGUGGAGACCCCUCGCCCAGGCGUAUCGAGACCAGAGGGACCACCCACUCGUGCCUCACCAGUAUCAGAUAGGAGACGCUGUUUGGGUUAGACGACGUCAGGCUAAGAACCUGGAGCCCCGCUGGAAAGGGCCCUAUUUGGUCUUGCUCACAACCCCAACCGCGGUCAAGGUGGACGGGAUUGCUGCCUGGAUCCACGCCAGUCACGUGAAGCCAGCCCAGCCUGGAGACUCACAACCGAUAUGGAAGGCCCAACACACUCAAAAUCCUCUAAAGAUAAGACUCUCCCGAGUUGUUUGA